AUGGCGACCGAAAUUUGUUCGAGCUGCCACGAGCCGCUCCUCAUUGACUUCGAGCCGGAUAGCGAUAUCGAAGACAGCAAGGCAGUUGCGCAGUUGCAAAGCGUGCCUGAUGACGUGGAGUUAAGUUGCGGAUGUCAUUAUCACUGGGAAUGCUUUCUAGAUGCAUACACGAUCACCCAAUGUCCCAAUUGCUCCAAAGAAAUCUCUUCACUCUCUCCGAGCCAAACUCAACAAGUCCUAGUAACUCUGAGAAACGAAGGAGGUGUGCAGGAAGGGUACGAUAUUCUCCCUGCUGCUACGGAAGAGGCAUAUCUGCGGGCAUACCCCGAAGAACGCAAAGGGCAUGCAUUCCUAGAAUUCUGUCGGGAAGGCGACAUCGACGCCAUUAUUCACAUGAUCAAGGACGAUGAUGAGGACCAGGAGGAGGACGAGCAGGAAGAUGAGCACACUGAUCUACUGAGGUACCGUGGCACAUUCGAGGGCAUUGAAGGCUCGGGGCUCCAUGUUGCCAUCCGCUACCAGCAGCAGGAGGUGGCAUGGCUCCUCCUCGCGCUCGGAUCACAGCUCGAGUGGGACAAGUUCCCUGCUGCUGUCCUUGAAGCGAUGCCAGGGAUGGGCUUGCGCAAAGAAGAGAGGAAUGGUGAGCCAGAUAUCCGGACGCUGGAAGACAGUGAAGGGCGAACACCGGCGGCACUUGCGCUGGAGCUGGGAGGUGUCUGGGGAGAAUGGCUCCGUGAAGGCCGAUUGAGUCCCUGA